AUGAGGUUCUUGCUGAAUUUUCUGGUUAUGUGCCUGCUCCUAGUGCUAGUGGAAUCCAUGGAGCCAGAGGUGAAUGCCACUCAGGAGGUGACGAAAGUUCUGCGCCGGCAAAAGCGUUAUCUGGCAUUUCCGGAAGGCUCUUCGGUUUCGGGAGCCAUUUGUUUGACAAUCGGCAUGAUUGGUAACCCCGAUGUGGACUAUCUUAGCUGGGCCGUUAAUUGGGGCGUGGCCUAUGACCUGCCCAACCAUCAAUGGGUCAUCCAGCAUGCCCAUGGAUUGAAUGCCACUUUGGCUAAGGAUACCAUCAAGCGGCGCUCUCGGAGAGCCUUUUACGAUGAGGUGCAGUCCUUGUUUGAUAACAUGGGUUUCAAUGGUCGUGCUUGCAUAGCUCGUGCUCUAUGCGAAAGUGCUAGGUUUAUGCUUCCUCCCGAGAAACGUGGCAAUAUGUUGCAGGAGCUGGUUCGUGCCGUGUUCAGUCUGCCCCCUAGUCCUGUGUCCAUUGAUGAACCCCAAGAGCAUCAUCAGUACGACCGUAUAUAUCGGCGAUCCAAGCGGAACUCACGCGAGUGCCAUGAAAUCUAUCCUGGCUGUCAGUUCUCCCUAUUGGCUCUGGCCUUGGGAAAGUAUAUGGCUGCCACCACUACCAAGUUCAGUUCGUUUAACUAUAUGUGA